UCAGGCAGCAAAAUGACUUAGAUCAGCCCUGAUGAUAAUGUUAAGAGUUAUUGAAUAUUAUCUAAUUACAUUAAGAGCUACCUUUUUGAUUUUGAUUUUUUUGAAAAAGCAUAAUGUGCCUAGAUGCAAGUCAACGGAGCACUGUUUGGGGACUAGGAGUGAGGUCAGAGCCUGGCCAAAACGACAAGAGAUGGUGUAUGUACUCUUUCUAUGGUUGUUUUGGCAGGAAAUCCAAACCAGCUGACAAAGUUAUCAACAGAAGGGAGGAGUAACUUCCACUGCAGCAGUUUAAACACUUUUUAAAAAACCACUGAAGGUUACACUUUUUUAAGGGGAGAAGGCUGCGAAGUUCAUCCCCUCUCCUCCAAUUUCGCUAUAAUAUUCCACUGGACUACACAUGGGUGUGCAGAUGCUGCCUCCACACAAGCACUAAUAAGUUGCUUCUUUGGAUUUUAUGAAGUUAGGAGGGUUUAUCUUUGCAUCUGUAUGUGCCUGGUACUUAGGAUCCCUAUUGGCAUAUAUGAUACCUGAAGACUCUCUGGCAUCAACUUUUGACAGUCUUCAGAACAUUGCAGAAAAACCAAAAAUCAAGGCACCACCCCCAAAAAGACUGAAAUGUGACCACUGGUCUCCCUGUUUGCCUGGGAGCUAUGCUUAUCGCAUACUCAGUGGAGGUGGUCUGAAGACAUUUGCAAAGAUCUGCUUUGAAGAUCAGCUCCUCAUAAGCCAAGAAAAUAAAAAUGCUGGAAGAGGAAUAAAUAUUGCCAUUGUGGACUAUAACACUGGAAAGCUUGUUGAUGCAAAAUAUUUUGACAUGUGGGAAGGAGAAUUUUCUGGACCAAUGACUAAUUUCAUCAGAAAUGCCCCACAGAGAUCACUGCUCCUAAUGGUGACCCAUGAUGAUGGAAGCACAAAGUUAACGGAGGAUGCAAAAAAGGCAAUAGCAGAUCUAGGAAGUAAAGAAAUACGGAAUUUGCGAUUCAGGUCAAGCUGGGCCUUCAUAGCUGCAAAAGGUUUUGAGCUGCCAGAUAGCAUACAAAGGGAAAAGGUCAACCAUUCUGACAAGAAAAAGAACCGAUAUGGUGGCUGGCCAGCUGAAGUCCAGAUAGAAGGCUGCAUUCCAAAAAACGAACAGGCUCAAUUCUAAAGUUAAGCUGUAUCGGCAAAGUGGUACACCCCAUAUUUGUCACAUGAUCUCUGAAGGAUUUGUUUGCUGAACAAUGGAAUCCCUACAGUUAUGGAUGAAAAUGGCCUAAAUUUUACAAAAGACUAUGAGCUGGUUUGCACGUAACAUUAAGCCAAUCUCAGAGAGAUCGCAGCUGCAUUGGUUGUCCCCUGAUCCUUGUGCCAUGAGUUAAGCCAUGGUUUGACUUAGCAUGUUAUCCAAACCUAGGCUCAUGGUUAAUCUAAGCUGUAAACCCAAAACAGCCUGUGGCAUGACUGGAGUGAAAUAGAUCACAAGCUCAGGUUUGGACAACACACUAAGUCAAAAAAUGAUGGCUUAACUCAUAGCAGCAGUACCAAAGGAGGAGCAAAGUGGCUGCAGCCUCCUCUCUGGGAGCUCAUGGGUUCACACUAAGCCAUAGUUUGGUUCAGUAUGGUGUGUGAGCCAGCUCAAAAUUAAUUUGAAACUUUGGUUUCAAUGGCACACUGGUUCUUGCGGUCAGUUCUUGUUUAUGGAAUAUGAAUAAUUAAAGACUUGAUUUUCUAUGCAUUGGAAAGACCCUAAUAUCACAGGAGCAUUGCAAGCAGUAAAAUGCCCCACAUUGGUUUGGGUAUUGAUAGAGAUGAGUAACCAAACCUAGCACCCAAAGAUCGAAGUUGGCAAUGAAGCUUGUAAAAGAAUCCCAUGCCUAUCCCCACUCCUUGAAUUUAUUUCAAUGAAACAUGUUCAGCCAUAUCUAAUCAUGAAGUUGAUAGUUUCAUGGUUUCACAGUUUUAUACUUGAAUGUAUAUGUAUUUAUUACUUUAAUUAUCUGGACGCAAUAAAAGGAUUUCAUUUUUAAA